UUCCAGAGAUGAAGGUCAACCCUACAGCGGUGGGUGUGUCUUUCACCACUGAGGAGCCCCUCCCCCUUUCCACCACCCAGGCCACUGGCCCCGCCCCCUCGGCCCCACCUGCAGCCGAGCCCAAUCCCAACCCUGACGCUCUCCCCACCCCACUACCCACUGAGGGAGAGGGGGAGAGUGGGGUAGAGUGGGAGAGGGGGAGGGAGAGGGAGAGGGAAAGAGAGAGAGUAAGGGAGAUGGAGCGGGAGAGAGAACGAGAGCGAGAGAGGGAAAGAGAGAGGGAGAGAGAAAAGGAGAGGGAUAGAGAACGAGAAAGAGAGAGGCAACGGGAAAUAGAGAGGGAACGAGAAAGAGAACGUGAAAGAGAAAGAGCGAGAGCCGCCCAGACUACCAUCUCACCCCACGGCGCUGCGGCUGUUCCCAUGGUGACCACCAGCACAGCGACGCCUCUGGCGGAGAGCGCGGCACCCUCUAGUGGUGUGGAGGACCUGGUCACCACAGAAGAGGACGAGGAUGUCUACCUGUCCCCAGACCCCACCACCAGUAUGCCUAUGGAGACCACUACGGAAGAAGAAGAAGAGGAAGAAGUGACCACUGCAGAGACAGAGACCACACCCCUCCCAGAGACAACAGCUCCACCCAUUACGACUGGCCCAGCCUUAACUGAGAGGUCUAGCUCCGCCCCCUUCAAGCCCAGGGUUCUGGUGACCACGCCUACUAAAGCCGCGCCCACAGAGAUGAGCACACGCCCACAGCAGCCUUCUACGACAAUGGUGUGUGUUUGUGUGUAUCCUGUGUGUAUUUAUCCAUCACGUGGAGUGAGAGAUGCAGGUGGUCCUCGUUAGUAGGAUCGUUAAUGAUUAAUUACAUGAUUAUCAUCCAGCUAAAUAGAGACAAUGUGACAUUUAUUUGGGUUCUCUAUCUGUGUUGAGUGAACUGACAUGGUAAUUGUGUGUUUCUCUCUCUCUCUCACUCUUGCCACCUUUCUUUAUUUUGCGCUCUCUCUCUCUCUCUCUCUCUCUCUCUCUCUCUCUCUCUCUCUCUCCCCCUCUCUGUCUAUCUCUCUCUCUCUCUCUGGCUCUCUCUCUCUCUCUCUCUCCCCCUCUCUGGCUCUCUCUCUCUCUCCGUGACUCUCUCUGGCUCUCUCUGUCUCCCCUUUCUCUUUCUCUGGCUCUCUCUCUCUCUCUCUCUCUCUCUCUCUCUCUCUCUCUCUCUCUCUCUCUCUCUGGCUCUCUCUCUCUCUCUCUCAGAAUAAUGAGUUAGGGGUUAAUGGACCCAGUGGAGACUUUGAGAUCCGGGAGGAGGACCGUCGCCAGGGCAACGAGGUUGUUGGGCGUGGCCGUGGCAUGGAGACUGGGGCAGAACCUGAUCUGAUUGGCAACACAAUUAACACAGGAAGUUCUGCCGCUCAACUUCCUCAGAAGAACAUCCUGGAGAGGAAGGAGGUUCUGAUAGGUGAGGACACACACACUUAUUUAACACUGUCUGUCGAUCUGUCUGAAAAAUUAAACCACCCAUAGCAAACCUUUCCCUCUUCUAGUAUAUCUCACUCCAUCUCUCUCUUUCUCGCCGUAUUCUUCUGACGGGGCGUAACCGUUCUGUCUUUAUUCUGAUUGGCUGUCUGUCUCUCCCCCAGCCAUUCUGAUUGCUUGCCUGCUGGCGGUGGUUUUCGCUGACUUCGUGGUGAUCGGUAAAGAGCAGGAGUCAAAGCAGGCUAACUGUGUCCUUAGUGUGUCUGUGCCCUGGACACACAUGCUGUUAGUGUGUUGUAGUGUGUGUAGGAACAGUAGCCCACACAUGAUUUGUGUGUCUUAGUGACACAGGAUCUUAAUAUGUAGGGACAGUCAUGACACAUUAUGUUAGCGUGUACUAUGUAGAUACUAUGUAACAACACACAGCUUUGGGUAUGAUAGAUGAUAAUUACAGAUGUCAGAUCAUAUGUUAGCAUUGCCUGCAGUGCUUAAAGUGGUACUUGAAGAUGCCGGUACUCACUAAACUCAUUCAAUUUACCGUACCGGGGUUAUUGUAUUAUAUUUUAAUCUAUUUAGAUUCCCUAUUCUCCAGUAGGCAUAUAUAAGCAGUAGAAAAUUAGAGACACCAGUGGUCUGUAUACCAGUGGUCAGCACUAGCCCACUUCAACCACUUGCAUGGCAUUAGUGUAUGUGUCUCUGUGUGUUCUGAAUCUUUUGUCCUAUUCAGAAUGAGUUCUACAUUGUUUGACCAUAUGUCUCUCUCUCUGUUUCCCCCACCCUCUUUCUUUCUCUCUCUCCCUUCCUCCCGCUCUGUCUCUCCCACCCUCUCCUCACCAUCCCUUCCUCUAUCUCUCCCUCCACAGCGGUGAUAGUGGGAGGCGUGGUGGGGGCCCUGUUCGCAGCGUUCCUGGUCAUGCUGCUGGUGUACAGGAUGAAGAAGAAGGAUGAAGGCAGCUACACGCUGGAGGAACCCAAGCAGGCCACUGUCACCUACCAGAAAGCUGACAAACAGGAGGAGUUCUACGCAUAACACAGAGAGAGAGAGAGAGA